CAAACUUUUGGCUGCCAGUGUACAGUGGGGUAUAAUAUAAGACCACAUUGAAAAAUUCUAAAAUCAUAAAAAUUCUGCCCCAUUUAUAGGUCACUCGAGCAAAUUUGUGACCGUUAACCAGUGACCAGAUUUCCUUGGAUAGACUAAAAAUCAUAUUACUUUUUUAUUUUCACUUUUCACUCAAAUUGGUAUGCUAAUACAAUUUUUAAUAUUUUUAUUUUAUUUGUCUCAAAAUUUUGGACCCCACUGCAUCUGAUUCCAUUUUUAGCUGUACAAUUCCAUAAUGUUAAUAAUGUCAAUCUUGGAUUUGUCCUUUGUUUUAUCUGUUCAGUCUAUGCAAACAGUCAAACAAAAUGUAAUAAACAUUUUUAUAUUGAAAAAGGAAUGAUUUGUCUCCUGCCGUUACUUUUGUUCAUUCUCUGGGAGGCGCUCAGAGGAGCAGCAGACAGAAUGCAGAUUGGGAUUACAAACUUGAAGAUGUCAGAAGAAAGCUUAAAAAUUAAAUUAUGCCAUCAUAUGACCCAAGUCAAAGACCUCCUUCUGAAUGAUCACAGCACAGUGCUACCAGACUAUGGAAGCAUUCAAAAUGGAGAUUAUGUACGUGUACACAAAAAAGUGCUGUGAGUUUGGCCACCCGUGUAACUUUUCAGAAAGUGCUGUGCUUCAUGUGGACAUUCCGCCUAAUCCCUCAUUGGAGGCCAACUUUAUUGAGGAGGAUCUAUGUAUUGUUGGCACACAGUGCUCACAGAAAAUGUCUGAGCAUGAGGUGAACACAAACAGCAUGGAAUCUGUGUCACAAGGAAUAAACCAUGUUGAGGGGGGGUGGCCAAAAAGUGUCAACUCAGAGAACAUGGAUGUGACAAACCGCUACAAAAAGAAGGUGGAGAAGGAUGAGCAUUAUCAGAACACUAUCCAGCAUCUUUCAAGUCUCAUCGAUCACUGUAUUAAGCAGAACAAUGCCACUGACAUCUACCAAGAGUAUUUUGAGGAUGAAGAGGUCGUUGAGGAAACGGAAGAACAGCCAACAGCUAAGUUCAUCAAUGUCUUCAGAGACCCAAAUAAAGUGAAGCGCACAGCCACCUGUUUGUCCUGGCAUCCAAAUAGUAACCAUAAGCUUGCUGUUGCGUACUCUUGCCUGGAGUUUCAGAGAGCACCCAAAGACAUGAGCUUCGACUCCUACAUUUGGGACAUUGAAAACCCCUGUAAACCAGAGAUGACUCUGAAACCUGUAUCUCCGCUUGUUUGUCUGGAGUACAACCCCAAAGAUUCUCACAUCCUUGUUGGAGGAAGCUACAACGGUCAAAUUGUCUAUUGGGACACACGGAGCGGCAGCCAGCCAGUAGAGAUGUCAGCCAUUGAGCACAGCCAUAGAAACCCAGUGUACAAAGUCAUCUGGCUGCAUUCGACAGGGGACACAUUCUCAGCUUCUACAGAUGGCCAGGUACUGUGGUGGGACAUUCGUAACAUGAGUAAGCCCAUCGAGAGACUCGUGCUGGAUCCUAAUAAGAAGGGGAACCUUGAGGAUGCCCUUGGUGCAAUCUCAAUGGAUUUUGAGACAACUAUGCCCACUAAGUUCAUGGUUGGCACAGAGCAGGGUCUUGUGGUCACAUGCAAUCUCAAGGCACUAACCCCAGCUGACAAGAUUGCCUGCAUAUACAGCAGCCACCAUGGCCCCAUUUACGCUCUGCAGAGGAACCCCUUCUAUCCUAAGUGCUUCCUGACAGUGGCUGACUGGACUGCUCGCAUCUGGUCAGAGGACAUCAAGGGGUCAUCCAUCAUGUCUACUAAGUAUCACAAGGCCUCUCUGUUAGAUGGCUGUUGGAGCCCAGUCAGACCCUCAGUCUUCUACACGGUGAAGAUGGAUGGCACACUGGAUGCAUGGGACCUGCUGCUUAACCAGAAAAAACCCACUCUCAGCCUCAAAGUUUGUUAUGAAGCUAUGUACAGCAUCCGGGUGCAAGAUAAAGGCCGUUUCCUGGGCUGUGGAUCUCGGCUUGGAACAGUCACAAUGCUAGAGAUGACUCCAGGUCUGUGCACACUGCAGAGGAACGAGAAGAGCCUGGUCACAGAGCUGUUUGAACGUGAGACCAAGCGAGGGAAGAUUCUGGAAGCUAAGCAAAGGGAGAUGUGUCUGAAGGAACGCAGCCUCUCUGAGCAGAGCAAAGUAGAUGGGGGAAAAGUGGAUGAUGGGGAGGAGAACGAAGAGGAACUGCUGGCCCUUGCAGAGAGGGAGUUCUUUGAGAUCGUGGAAUCCUGUAAAGAAAAAGAUGAGGAGAACAAAAGAGAGAAGGAGAAUGGCGUGUGUGAAGGCCAUAUCCAAGUUGAAUGCUAAUGAAAAAAAGGUUCUGUACACACUUCUAAAAUUGUUAGAAAAAGGAGCCUUUUCUCUGUGCAAGUAAAUAUCUAAAAUUUUGUCUAAUGUAAACUGAAGCAAACAUCCAAUCCAUGAUUAUAACCCUCUAUGCCACCACCAUUUGUUUUUACACUUAAUGGAGAAUUAUCUUUUUUUAAGCAACUUUAACAUAAACAAUUGUACACGAACUCUGUUGGUAACAGUGUAAAACUUUGAAAAUUAAAUGUGAAAUUUGAAAGUCUCCUUUAAUGUCUCAGUAUUUAUUUUUUAGGGUACAUUUUUAGCAAUCAAUUUUUGUAUUAUGUAUUAAUGUGCUUCCGUAAACGUAAACAUUGCUGAAGAAAACAUACUGUAUGUUCUAUUAAAAAAUAGAACCUUGUUCUAAAGUGUUA